CCUUCAGUCUGUCCUGCCUCUUCAUUCAGGGAGUCAGAGAAACCAUAGCCAAACUUUUUAUUUUUAGGAUUUUUAAACCAACUAAACCUUUUUUUAUUAUUAUUAUUUCGUUGUUAAUGAUUGAUUUGAAUUAGAAUGGGAAAAGAGCGUGGAAAUCUUUAGGUUCUCCUCUUCCCUCAUGAGAAACACAUUUGUGCCUCAACGGCUGAUCCAUCCAUCUGUAUGCUGAAAAGGGAAAGAACAAGAGGUGCAUGCUGCCUCACGCUGUCAUUUAUCUACCAUGAGCUGGAGCUUCCUGACUCGCCUGCUAGAGGAAAUUCACAAUCACUCCACGUUUGUGGGGAAGAUCUGGCUCACCGUCCUCAUUGUUUUCCGGAUAGUACUGACAGCAGUGGGCGGCGAGUCGAUCUACUACGAUGAGCAGAGCAAGUUUGUCUGCAACUCUGGCCAGCCGGGCUGCGAGAACGUCUGCUAUGACGCGUUCGCGCCGCUCUCGCACGUCCGCUUCUGGGUCUUCCAGAUUAUUUUGGUGGCGACUCCUUCGCUCAUGUAUCUGGGUUAUGCUGUCAACAAAAUAGCUCGGGCCGAGGAGCAGGUGGACGGUGGGGGAGUGAGUGGGUUUUCGCAAAGGAAACGUAAGAAGCCCUACCUCGCCGGCAGAAAGCAACACAGGGGCAUCGAAGAGGCUGAGGAUGACAACGAGGAAGACCCGAUGAUCUAUGAAGUGACAGAGGUGGAGAGUGAUGCCGGAGCAGCAAAGGCAGACAGCGAAAGACACAUAAAAGUCAAGGCCCGCCACGAUGGGCGACAGCGUAUCAAAGAGGAUGGGCUGAUGCGCAUUUAUGUCCUCCAGCUGUUGGCCCGUGCUCUGCUGGAGCUGGCUUUCUUAUGUGGACAGUAUGCUUUGUAUGGAUUUGCUGUUCCUGCUAGCUACGUUUGCUCUGACCUGCCCUGCCCACACAGCGUGGAUUGCUUUGUCUCGAGGCCUACUGAGAAGACAAUCUUUCUUCUCAUCAUGUACAGUGUCUCCCUGCUCUGUCUGGUACUCAACAUAUGGGAAAUGCUUCACCUAGGCAUAGGUACCAUCUGUGAGAUAAUGCAGUCCCGCCAACUGCCACUACCUCAUAAUGACCUCUACAAACUCACCCAAAGAAAUGGAGCUCUCAAUGAGGGUCAGGCGUACAGCAGCUACCCUUUCACCUGGAAUGCCCCUUCAGCUCCACCAGGGUACAGCAUAGACAUCAAGUCUCUCCUGGUGACAAAGGAGAACCACAACCAACAUCUACCUAUUAGCGAUCUCACCAACGCGAAAAUGGCAUGUCGACAGAACCACGCAAACAUUGUUGAGGAGGAGCGUCGAGAGUACACCAAAAAUGAUGAGAACCUGUGCAACGCCGGGAGAGCAAACGCCGUCAAACAUGUUCCUAAAGAGGUCGGUCAGCCUCAGAUCAAGCUGAAGGCAGACAAUCAGGUCUACAGCCGGCAGCAGAACUACAGCAACAAUCAGAGCAAACCGAACCGCGAGCGCAGACUCCGGCAGGCUUCCAGACACGCUUCCAGCAAGGCGAGCACGGACAGCAGCAGCACCGGCAGCAGCAGCAAAUACGGCAUGAUAAAAGGUUCUGAGUGGAUCUGAAACACUGCCAGCUUUUGCUUUCUAUUCUUCAACAUCCAAAUACAUAUUUUGACUUAUUUAGGCAUUUUAUAAUAUUAUAUUUUGUUCAUUUUUGUCUUUGCACUGUGAAUGGUGAUGGCUUCAAUUUCAUUGUCCAAUGGACAGUGACAAUAAAGGCAUAUCUAGUCUAAUCUAAUCUAAAUUAGGAGUAGAAACAAGUUGACUUAUGUGCAUUUUUUAAUAUGAUUAAACUAUAUGAUUUAAUAAGUGACAAUAUUCUUUCUUUACCUAUCCGUAUCAUUUUUGAUUUAUGUGAGAAAUUAGCUUUUCAAGUGCCUUUCUUUAACAUUCAAUGAGCUACCUCACAUGAAUCAUCAAUUACUGUAUGAUUUAUAAUUAAAGGAUUUUAAUUAUGACUUUUUUCAUUAAACAAUGUAGUAUUGUCUUUUGUGUUUUAGUACUUUUUGUGCCGUCUGUGCUGCUGUGAUAUGUUUUGGGGGAUUUUUCCUCUGAAAAGAUGACAUUUAUUAAUAUAAUCACUAACCAUCAAAAAAAUGUAUACUUCCUUGUUCCUUGUAAUAUAUACAUUUUUCCAUUAUACCGCUUUAAAGCCUUACAUUAGAGGUCAUUUUAAAAUAGUUGUUUUAACCCUGAACUGACAUAGUUAAUCUAAAAAAUAUGUUUAUUCAAUGAAAAUGUUUGUUUUUGCUACAUAUAUUUUUAUGAAAAGUGCAUGUUUUAA